AAUUAUUUUGCUCAAAUAAUCGAAAAUUAAAUAUGGGUUUCGUGGACUUUAAAACUAAGUCAUUUGUUGAUAUCGAUAACUCAAUGAUUGUUGAAAAGACAACGUUAGUAAUGUCAAAUAAUCAACAAAAAUUAAAUGCGCCAUUAUGUCAUUUGGAACACGUAACUGAUAUCUGUUCACUGGCCAACAUAUUUAACAUUGUUUUCUUUUCUAGAUUUUAUUCUUAAGUUAAAUAGUUAAAUAAAAAUAGUUCCUUAUAUUGCAUUCAUCAUUCAUAAUUCAAUAACAAAGCUUAAUAAUUAUUGUUAGUGUUGUUGUAGCAUUAUAAAAGAAGUUAAUAUAAGUUUAGUUGUGUUUAUAGGCGAUACAAAUAUCUUCAUUUGAUUGCACAAAUACGUAGUUUAACUCGGAAAUAAAUUCAUAAGUAAACUUAAGAGUUAAUCAUCCAAAAUUUACUAUAAUGAAAAUGUUGUCAAGUUUACUUUUGCAAUUAAUAAAUGUAUUAUAUUUGUUCAUUAAUAAAUUCACUAUAAUCAGACUUUGACUAAAUUUCAACCACAUAAUAAGAAGCGAUUUGCAAACAAACACCACAUUAUCCACAAAAAAAUGAACUUAAUAAAAAUUGUCUUUCUAAAGAAUUUAAAAUAAUUAACCCAGUCAGUGGUAAUGUAGAAAGUGGAAAUCUUUUAGGAAUCAUGGGGCCAAGCGGUUCAGGAAAGACAACGCUAAUGGCUACUAUAAGUCAUAGAACUAAAGCAAAUUUUGAGGGUGAACUUUUUCUCAAUGGAAAACCUGUGUCUGAAAAAGUACUAAUACAAAUAUCAGGAUUUGUUCCACAACAAGAUAUACAUUUCGAACAUUUAACUGCAUUGGAACAUUUGACAUUUAUGGCCAAAUUAAAAAUGGACCGUACUACAAGCAAUGAAAAGUUAAAAGACCGUAUAGACCAUUUAGUUACUACGAUAGGAAUGAAUAAUUUUUUAAACACCAAAUUGAUGUACUUGUCAGGAGGUGAGGGUAAAAAAGUAGCUUUAUGCGUGGAACUGUUAAACGACCCUCCUAUUUUAUUUUGCGACGAAAUCACGACGGGUUUAGAUAGUUACUCAGCUGCUCAUAUUGUAAACAUCCUCAAGAGCAUAGCAAGGACAGGAAAAAUUGUCGUUUGUACUAUCCACCAACCUGCGUCUGGUGUUUUCGAUUUGUUUGAUGACAUUGUACUGCUUACACACGGGCGACUGGCCUACCAAGGCCCAGUAUCUUUUGUAAAUCAAUUUUUUGAAAAAUUCGAUUAUGCAUGUCCUGACAUGUUCAAUAAAGCGGAUUAUGUUAUAUCAAUUUUAAACUCGGACGAGAAAUUAACAAAAUGUAAUAUUGACAAAAUGUGCAAAAUGUCCUCCAGCGAUGAACAAAUAGAUAGCAAUUACCAUUCGUUUAACAAUAGUGCACAACUGGAGUAUGAGCAUCUUUUGAAUACUAAAAAGCCACUUUGGAUAACACAGCUCAAACUUGUCUUUAUACGAUCUUCUAAAUCUUUUGUUAGAGACUACAAAAAUCAUGGACUAGAAUUAUUAACAAUAUUGUUUUUGGGUCUUGUUAUUGCAACACCAUAUGGAAAUUUAAUGUUCGAUACGAGUGCUGUACAAAACUGGCAAGGAUUUUGGUUCAGUUUCACCAUUAACUCUAUGUUCCAAUUUUGUUAUUCCUCAAUCAUAACUUACCAUAAAGAAUUUCCUAUAAUACACCGCGAAGUCAGUAACAAAAUUUAUUACUUGAGCGCUUUCUACGUUUCAGAAGUUCUCAUUUCAUUACUGUGGACAACUUUUGAAGUAUUUGUUCUCAUUUUUAUAUCAUUUCACAUAGUGGGUGUCGGUUUUAAGUUUCUUCGAGUAAUGACUUUCUUGAUCAUCAUGUUGACUUGUAGAACAUAUGGAAGUGUAUUAUCCGCCUAUUUCGAAAGGAUAGAAACAAUAAUUAUGUUCUCAUUGCUAUAUGAUUACUUGACAGUAUCCCUCAGUGGCGCAUACAUUUCUUUUAGUUCCAUACCACCAUUACUAAACUGCUUCAAGAAUUUUUCUUUAUUUUUCCUUGGUUGUGAAGCUUUAUCUAUUUUACACUGGCAAGAAAUACCUUUUAUUCCAUGUUUCAAAGACGAUUGUUUACGUAACGGAAAAGAAGUUUUAUUGAGUUAUGGAUAUAAUAUUCACCGAUUUGAAUUGGAUCUCAUCAUACUUCUAUUAUUUUACUUAAGUUUUAACGUACUUGGUUAUUAUGGCGUAUUAUUAAGGGCUAAAAAGCAGCCAGCUUAUUAGAGACAAUUUUAAUUAACCACUCCAACUUCACAAUACAAAUAGAAAUCUCUAAUAUAUUAGUUUUUAAUUGAAAUUUAAGAGUCUUUUCAGAUCAUAUGUUUAUAUUUAAAUAAUAUAUUUAAGUAUAAUUUAUGUUGCGACAAUAUAUUUUGAUAUUACAUUGUUAAAACAUUGUAGUUUUUGUUUCGAGUAUCUUGAUCAAUCAUUUUACAAUAAUUGAGAUAACGUGACAUCAAAACUUUAUAAUAUAUCUAACAUAUUUUA